GGUGACUCAACCCUAGUGUUGAUUCAUGUGUACUCAGACUACUCAAAGAGGGAUUUUCGUGCUCACUAGAGCGUGGUGAAACCAGGGGGAAGGACUGCCUUCAAGAAACUUCACUCCGCCAAGACAUUCGGUGAAGAAAAUGACUUAAGGCAAUGGUACCUCGCACCCACUUUCUAAGUUAAGAGUUGAAUGCAGAUCCGAUACAAUGAGUGCGAUAUCAAUCAAGUUACGAGAAUUCAAGGGCCAUAAUGUGCAACACAACCCUAUACGUGAAGGCAAGCCUGUAACAGCGGUGUGGCCGGGCGAAUACGGACGUAUGCACGCACCCAAGCCGAGAGACAAUCUGACUUUGGGGAAGGGCGUCACACCUCGGCCUCAGACGGCGCCGGCUCAGAGACCGACCACAGCGCCGGCACAGAUCAAACAUGCACAGCAAAGAGCCCAGGAGUCGAUGAGGACCGGACGACCGGUGACGGCCUCCGGGGGAAGGCCGCCUGUACAGCGUGACGUGUGGGGGGUACCCAUACAGAAGUACCCGGCCAAGUCUACGUACGAAGCGUCAUACGACAGACGCUGGGCUUUCGGUCACCCUCCUGAGUUACGAGAGAUGAUGAUGAGUAUGAAGCCUCCCCCUCCCACCCUCCAGUCUUACAUGUGGAAGGCGCUGUCCAGUCCUAUGGAGUUCAAAACAACCAAUCCUGACAUCGACAGACGGUUAUAUCGUCGACCUGAAACAGCGCCCUCUGACGUCCCCACUAGGAAAGACAUCUUCGGCAACAGAAUGCGUUUCGAGACGACCUACGGAUCUGCGUACAACCAGCCUUUCAAAUUUUCUUGGCGAUAACAACAUGCAGUUUACAAAAAAAAACGUGGAAAGUGCAAAGUAAAACGCGCUUUUAUGUUUCUCAGGUCAAAAAAUUCAUAAUCAUAUGUUGUCAUUGACUUUACUUAUAGAAUAUUACCAAGAAUAUAUAUAUAUGUAUACACCAAUGAAGCCAUGCGAUGAACUUAGAAGAAUAUUUGACGACGAUUCCUAAAUGGUGACCCACAUGUUAAUAUCGCACUAGGUGUGUAAGAUAUAUCGCAUUCAAGU